CGGGCGGCGGCGGCUCUAGCGCGAGGCCUCGGCGGCCCCCGCGGCUGCGCCGCAGCCAUGGCGCUGGUGACCCUGCAGCGCUCGCCCACGCCCAGCGCCGCCUCCUCCUCCGCCAGCAACAGCGAGUUGGAGGCUGGCAGUGAUGAAGAUCGAAAGUUAAACCUCAGCUUAAGUGAGAGCUUUUUCAUGGUGAAAGGAGCAGCCCUCUUCUUACAACAGGGAAGCAGCCCUCAAGGCCAGCGGAGUCUUCAGCAUCCCCACAAGCAUGCAGGUGACUUGCCCCAACAUCUUCAAGUAAUGAUCAACCUUCUGCGUUGUGAAGAUAGAAUCAAGCUGGCUGUGCGCUUGGAGAGUGCCUGGGUGGAGCGGGUCCGGUACCUGGUGGUGGUGGACAGCAGCGGGCGCCAGGACACGGAGGAGAGCAUCCUGCUGGGCGUCGACUUUUCCAGUAAGGAAAGUAAAAGCUGUACCAUUGGGAUGGUUCUCCGACUGUGGAGCGACACGAAAAUCCACCUUGAUGGAGACGGCGGAUUCAGCGUCAGCACAGCAGGAAGGAUGCAUGUCUUCAAGCCCGUGUCUGUCCAGGCCAUGUGGUCUGCCCUGCAGGUCCUUCACAAGGCCUGCGAAGUGGCACGAAGGCACAACUACUUCCCCGGGGGCGUGGCUCUCAUCUGGGCCACCUACUACGAGAGCUGCAUCAGCUCCGAGCAGAGCUGCAUCAAUGAGUGGAACGCCAUGCAGGACCUGGAGUCCACACGGCCCGACUCCCCGGCCCUGUUUGUCGACAAGCCAACCGAAAGGGAAAGGACCGAGCGCCUCAUCAAAGCCAGACUCCGGAGCAUCAUGAUGAGCCAAGACCUAGAGAAUGUGACCUCCAAAGAAAUCCGCAAUGAAUUAGAGAAACAGAUGAACUGUAACUUGAAAGAAUUCAAAGAAUUCAUAGACAAUGAGAUGCUCCUUAUUCUGGGACAGAUGGACAAGCCCUCCCUUAUCUUCGAUCAUCUUUAUCUUGGCUCUGAAUGGAAUGCGUCCAAUCUGGAGGAGCUGCAGGGCUCAGGUGUUGACUACAUUUUAAAUGUCACUAGAGAAAUAGAUAAUUUUUUUCCUGGCUUAUUUGCAUAUCACAACAUCCGAGUCUACGAUGAAGAGACAACGGACCUUCUUGCCCACUGGAACGAAGCAUACCAUUUUAUAAACAAAGCCAAGAGGAACCAUUCCAAGUGCCUGGUACACUGCAAAAUGGGCGUCAGCCGGUCCGCGUCCACAGUCAUAGCCUACGCGAUGAAGGAGUUUGGCUGGCCUCUGGAGAAGGCGUACAGCUAUGUGAAGCAGAGGCGCAGCAUCACGCGCCCCAACGCGGGCUUCAUGAGGCAGCUGUCUGAGUACGAAGGCAUCUUGGACGCGAGCAAACAACGGCACAACAAGCUGUGGCGCCAGCAGACCGAGAGCUGCCUGCAGCAGCCUGUGGAUGACCCUGCAGAGCCCGAGGACUUCUUGCCAGAGACCCUGGAUGGCACCCCAGAAGCCCAGUUGCCCUGCUUGGACGAUGCCGCCCAGUCUGAGUUCCCAGGCAGCAGGGACCCAGGAGGACCCCCUCUCCCGUGCUGUUUCCGGCGACUCUCAGACCCCCUCCUGCACUCCCCCAGCGACGAGACUGGCAGCUUGGUCCAACUGGAGGAUCUGGAUAGGGAUGCUCUGUUGGAGGAAGCAGCCCAGCCAGCAGAGGCGCACAAGCCAGCCAGACAUCCCCAGGAAGGCUCUGGACCCUGUGAGAAGGAAGUGAAGAAGAAACUGGAGUUUGGGAGCCCCAAAGCCCGGGGUGGCUCCUUGCCGCAGGUGGAGGAGAUGGAAAGGGAGGAGGCCCUGGGAGCAGGGAAGUGGGGGCGGCCCCCAGCCCAGCUCGAUAAAAACCUGCUCAACCGGGAAAACCUAAAUAAUAACAACAGCAAGAGGAGUUGCCCGGAUGACUUUGAGCACGAUGCUAUCUUUGGGAUCCUUAACAAGGUGAAGCCUUCCUACAAAUCCUGUGCCGACUGCAUGUACCUUACAGCCAGCGGGGCUCCUGAGGCUUUUGGGGAGCGAUGUGAGAACCCGGCUGCUCCCGCCAUCUGCACCCAGCCGACCUUCCUGCCCCACCUCACGUCUUGCCCCGUGGCCCACACAUCCAGCCGGUCCCGAGCUUAUGAGAAGCUGACCUCUGGCCCGACGGAAACUCCCCCAUUCCUACCACCAGCAGGCUCGAGGAGGCCAGACACUGGUGACUCUGGGGCUGGUGCUGCCACAGAGCUACCAGCUAGCCUUUUGGAACCUUCCAGAGAGACCCCAAAAGUCCUGCCAAAGUCCCUCCUUUUGAAGAAUUCUCACUGUGAUAGGAACCCUCCCAGCAUGGAAGUGGUGAAGGAAGAGUCGCCGCCCAAGAAAGAUCUAAAGCCGUCCAAGGACCUGCGGCUUCUGUUCAGUAAAGACUCUGAGAAGCCGACCGCCAGCAGCUACCUGAUGCAGCACCAGGAGUCCAUCAUUCAGCUGCAGAAGGCCGGCCUUGUCCGCAAGCACACCAAAGAACUGGAGAGGUUAAAGGUCACGCCGGCAGACCCAGCGUCUGCCCUCAGGGACGGCACCACCAGCAGGCUGGAGGCCAGCGUAGCCGAGGAGAGCCAGGACCUGGCUCCUGUCCCCCAGCCAGGGCACCCGGCUUUGCCCAGCCAAGCCGGCAGCGAGGAGAAGUCAGAGGCCGCGCCCCCUCCGUUGGAAGGAGCCUCGCUGAAGAGCCCCACUCCCUUCCUCUGCCGCCUGGAUCACACCAGUCAUUUCUCAAAAGACUUCCUGAAGACCAUCUGCUACACCCCCACCUCGUCUUCCAUGAGCUCCAACCUGACCCGGAGCUCGAGCAGCGACAGCAUCCACAGCGUCCGCGGGAAGCCGGGGCUGGUGAAGCAGCGGACGCAGGAGAUCGAGACCCGGCUCCGGCUGGCGGGCCUCACCGUCUCGUCCCCCCUGAAGCGCUCACACUCUCUCGCCAAGCUCGGAAGCCUCAACUUCUCCACAGAAGACUUGUCCAGCGAGGCCAACGUGUCCACCAUCGCCGACUCCCAGGACACCAAGUGGAGCGAGUCUUCCUUUUUGCAUGAGCCCCAGGCAACCCCAAGGACCCCAGCCACAACCUCCAAACCGUCAGGGAAAUCUGCCCCCGAGAACUUGAAAAGCCCCUCGUGGGUGAGCAAAAGCUGACCCGCCUUUUGCUGCGUUUGGACUUAUAUUUUCACACGGUCCCUCCAGUUCCACUAUGGAUUUUGGUCAGCCCCUUAUGUCUUGAUUUCUCUUACCCAAUUGGCAUUAACCUAACUUUUCCCCCUCUUGCCAUAGAGAGGAGGAGAAGACACAAAAAUAAUUGACAUACAGCACAAGAAGAAAGGGUAUCAGUCGUGUGGCCUGGGAAAACCAGAAGCUGUUGGCCAGUAGACUGAUCCUGAGUCCUGUGUUUUCAAGAAGAAUCAUGUUUUCAGAAGAGCCCAUACAGAUAUGCCCACACAUUGAAAAUAUUCCAUUUGCAGCAUGCAAAAGAAUAGUUGAGGAGCGCACGUCCCUAGGCCGUUUGGGGCCUCAUGGGAAAAGUCUUGGAUGGCAAUAUAAGUCCUACCUCUGUUCGUGCUGUGCUUUUUAUUUUUAAAAUACAAUAAUGACCAAGGCUCAUUCCAGGGAAUAACGCUGUGUCAGAAAAAGGUUUUCCAAAAAGAUUUUUUUUUUUUUUUUGGUUAGGACCCCAAAAAGGGUUAAGAUUUCUAACGCGACUGCAGCCAGCACUGCUAGUAGGUGCUGUGGCCCUGGCUUCAGUCAGUCUCUUAAACAGGAGUCUUUAUAACCAGACCUCCAGGCCUCUGCUGUCUUGCUGUCGGCUGUGCUGCACGAGAAGAUGGCUGCUUCCUCCCUCUUUCCUACACUGUAAUUAUUGUUUUACAAUUGAGUGCCUUAAUAAUAGUUUACAAAUACUGUGUAUUUAUGGGAAACUGUUAAGCUCUCACCUUCUGUGAUUGGAUACUUUGCCUUGUCAGUGGUGGUUGGCAUUAGGGCCGGCGCUUGCCCUGCCCCAUACUUGAGCUCAUCUGCUGUGCGGUCUCACACAUGCGCCCACAACCGCCCAAGGAGCAUUGCUCCCGACAGCGCUGGGCGGUCCUGCAGGCGAGGCAGGCGCUGGCUCACGUUGCGUCCCAGAGUAGCGAGGAAAGAGCGGAAUUGGGUUUGCUAGCCAGCUGGGGGUGGCGCAGCCCAGCGCCUCGCCCGUUCCCCCGUCACACAAUCGUACUCUUGUUUAAUAGAGAUCCUAUUACCACCUAGACCACCCUAUCUUCCUCUUUGCUGGUGUCCUGAGCUCUUUGCAAUGAAAUGCAGGUACAGACCGCCCCUGCCUCAAAGUCAGGAGCUCCGCAAGAUGGGCUGCCCUUUGGUUUUUAGAAGCUGCCAGUGGGUUCCAGUGUUGUGAAAUAUCAAUGAUUUUUUUUAUUACAUUGUUUUUCUUGUUUUUUUUUUACAUUAUAUAUUUAAAAGGCAGUAUCUUUUGUACUGUGAAUUUGCAGUAGAAGAUGCAUAACGCACUUUUUUUUUUUUUACUUCUGUUGGUGUGUACUGUAUAGUCUGUGUGCUUCUUGUGAUGGAAAUAAACUUUUUCUUUAUAAAUGCCUGA